UUAACGCUACUCGCUAACUUCUGUGCGGUCAGCCAACCGAAGCAUGAGGUCUUUUUUGGGCUGUGUGUAUGUAUUUCACCAUCGUUUAACGGUGAAAUGGUGAAAAUGUGGCGUCGUAUGUGACGCGAUGGUUGGUAUUUACGACUCAGUUUCAUAACCGUAAGCCGCGGAACUCUCCUCUCUUCUGCCUCACCUCUUCCGACAGUGAAACACCGCUAGCUACGAUGUGACUGCGAAGACCCGCCGCCGUCAAAAGGGAAGUUAUAAUUGGCUUUAUCGUAGCCGACUACAACACGCGUGUCUGCUCUCGUGUAACGCAUGAACGGACAUUUAAUUUUUCCUUUUUUCUGCCCCCGAUUCACGAUUGAGCUCCGCGGUCGGAAAGAACCGCUGUGUUUUGUCGCGGCGGCGGAAAUAACCGAAGACAGACGCAUCCUCAGCACUCGGUAGUUCCUCAUAAAGCGACAAAACAUGUCUUUCUUCAAUUUCCGGAAGAUAUUCAAGUUGGGGCCCGACAAGAAGAAGAAGCAGUAUGAACAUGUGCACAGAGACGUCAACCCGGAGGAAAUAUGGGACAUUAUCGGGGAGCUGGGAGAUGGGGCGUUUGGGAAAGUGUAUAAGGCUCAGAACAAGCAGAACGGGACUCUCGCCGCUGCCAAGGUGAUUGACACGAAGACGGAGGAUGAGCUGGAGGACUACAUGGUGGAGAUUGAGAUUCUGGCCUCCUGCGACCACCAUCACAUCGUCAAACUGCUGGACGCCUUUUAUUUUGAAGGCAAACUUUGGAUACUGAUAGAGUUCUGCGCGGGUGGUGCGGUGGAUGCCAUCAUGCUGGAACUGGAGAGGCCCCUAACGGAGCCCCAGAUCCGUGUGGUGUGUAAGCAGACCUUGGACGCCUUGUGUUACCUCCACGAGAACAAGGUCAUCCACAGAGACUUGAAAGCUGGUAAUAUUCUCCUCUCCUUGGAUGGAGAGGUGAAACUAGCUGACUUUGGGGUGUCUGCUAAAAAUACCAAGACGUUACAGAGAAGAGAUUCUUUCAUCGGCACUCCGUACUGGAUGGCUCCGGAGGUAGUAAUGUGCGAAACGUCCAAGGACCGUCCGUACGACUACAAGGCCGAUAUCUGGUCCCUCGGGGUGACGCUGAUAGAGCUGGCAGAGAUUGAGCCACCCAACCACGAGAUGAAUCCCAUGAGAGUGCUGCUGAAAAUAGCCAAGUCCGAGCCGCCCACGCUCAUGCAUCCCUCUCGCUGGUCACCAGAGUUUAAAGACUUCCUGCGGAAAGCACUUGAUAAGAAUGUGGACAAUAGAUGGAGCUCGGUACAGCUUCUACAGCAUCCCUUUGUCACCAGUGUAACUGAUUGCAAACCUCUCAGAGAGCUCAUAGCCGAGGCCAAAGCUGAAGUCACAGAGGAGAUUGAGGAAAGCAAAGAGGAAGAGGAGGAGGAAGAAACGCCUGAUACGCCUGUGGCUGUUCCUGGACAUAAGCGAGCGCCAUCAGAUGUCAGUGUUGCCAGCUCAGAGGAUGACAAAGCCCCACAAACUCCCUCUACACUGGAAUCUGUUACAGAAAAGACAGAGGCAGAACCUGCCGUGGACCACACCAGCGAUAAGCUCUCAGAUGAAGGACUUGGAACAAGUGAGGUAGACAAAACCGAGGAGGAGAAACUCAAUGAAGUGUCUGACGCCAGUAAUGAAGACCUGGCUUCCGGCGUAGUCGAGCCCACAAAGGAUCAAGUCUCACAAGAUCUUCCUGAGGAUAAACCAGAAGAUAGUCAAGGUGAAGAGGUUCCUACUGAGCCUGAAGCAGCACGACCUGAAGAACCCACAGAUAUCAAAGAUGUUGACACAGAAGAUCAAGAAAAGGAAAAGGAGAAGGAGACGCCUGCAGAGGAAACAGAGGAUAAACCUCCUCAAGUCACGGCAGAAGAAGAGGUACUGAAACCUGAAGAUGUAAAAGAAGAAGAAGAAGCAGGCACAGAAGACUCUGGGAAAUUACAAGAGCAACCAGAAGAUGCACUAGAGAAACCAGAACCUGUAUCAGAAGAUGUGGCACAAGUAGAGGAAGAGAGCAAAGAAACAAGUGAGGAGACUCCUCAGCACAAAGAAACAGAGGACAAAAUAGAAGAUGCAUUUAAUGAUGCUGAUGUAAAUGGACACACAGAGAAUAUAGAAUCAAAUGUGAAGGGCACAUGCAUAAAUGGAGAGACGGACACAAAGUCAGGCGUGGAGGACUCCUUCACUGGCAUUUUGCUGGAAGAGACCAAAGAAACCGAGCCAGAGAAAAAGCCUGAAGAGGAGGUACCUGAGGAGACAGAGGAGACAGAGCAGCCCGAACAAGAGAGUGAGAGGGAAGAGAAGGUGGAACUGGAGAAGGAGGCACCAGCUGAAUCCAUAAUUGGGGUCAGUGAUGAAAUCAAAGACAUCUCUGAAGGUUCUCAAGAAGUGGCACCAUCUGAAGACAUCCCUGUGAAGAAGGAAGAGGAAAAAGCUGCCCGCGCUGAUGAGAGCAUUUCCCAAGAUGCUGUGUCUGUUCCUGGGAGUGAAACUGACUCAGAAACCAAGGUGGAACCAGGAAGUCCAGCUGUGAGCAAACCAGAUGUGGAGAAGGACUCGGACUCUGGAAGCAGCUCAGCCGCCGAUAACAACAGCCUUGACCUGAACCUGUCCAUCUCCAGCUUCCUGUCCAAGACCAAAGAAGGGGGCUCCAUUUCUAUGCAGGAGUCAAGACGUCAGAAGAAGACGCUGAAGAAGACGCGUAAGUUCAUGGUGGACGGCGUGGAGGUCAGCGUGACGACAUCAAAGAUAGUGACGGAUAAUGACACCAAGAGCGAGGAGAUGAGGUUCCUCAGGCGGCAGGAGUUAAGAGAGCUGCGCCUCCUGCAGAAAGAGGAGCACAGGGCCCAGCAGCUGCUGAGCAACAAGCUGCAGCAGCAGAGAGAGCAGAUCUACAGACGCUUUGAACAGGAAACUACUGCUAAGAAGCGACAAUAUGACCAAGAGGUGGAAAAUCUGGAGAAGAAGCAGAAGCAGACCAUUGAGCGACUGGAGCAGGAUCACACCAGCCGACUCCGAGACGAAGCCAAGCGCAUCAAAGCGGACCAGGACAAGGAACUGUCCAAAUUCCAAAACAUGCUGAAGAACCGCAAGAAAGAGGUCAAACAGGAAGUCGGACAGUCACCCAAACACAUGAGAAAAGAGCUCUUGAAACGCUUAAAGGAGGAUCUAUCGCUCCUCAAGACUGCAGAGGAGCAGGAGUUCCUCCAGAAGCAGCAACAAGACCUGGAUGGAGCUUUGAAGAAAAUCAUCCAGCAGCAUAAACUGGAAAUAGCCACUAUAGAGAGAGACUGCCUCAACCACAAGCAGCAGCUGAUGAGAGCUCGAGAGGCAGCCAUGUGGGAGUUAGAGGAGCGCCACCUGCAGGAGAAGCACCAGCAGCUGAAGCAGCAGCUUAAAGACCAGUACUUCCUGCAGAGACACCAGCUGCUGAAGCGGCACGAGAAAGAGAUGGAGCAGAUGCAGCGCUACAACCAGCGGCUGAUCGAGGAGAUGAAGAACAAACAGACUCAAGAGAGGGUCCGUCUGCCCAAGAUCCAGCGCAGCGAUGCUAAGACCCGCAUGGCCAUGUUCAAGAAGAGCCUCCGCAUCUCGGUCACUGCUGUUGUCACACCAGAGCAGGAGAGAGAUCGGAUUAAACAGUUUGGUGCUCAGGAAGAAAAGAGGCAGAAGAACGAGAGGCUCCAUCAGCACCAGAAACACGAGAACCAGAUGAGAGACCUGCAGCUGCAGUGUGACUCCAACAUCAGGGAGCUGCAGCAGCUACAGAAUGAGAAGUGCCACCUUCUGAUUGAACAUGAGACCCAGAAGCUGAAGGAGCUGGAUGAAGAGCACAGCCAAGAAAUAAAGGAGUGGAGAGAGAAGCUGAGGCCCAGGAAGAAGGCGUUAGAGGAGGAGUUCAUGCGGAAGCUCCAGGAGCAAGAGGUCUUCUUCAAGAUGAGCGGUGAAUCUGAAUGCCUUAACCCCACCACACAGAGUCGAGUGUCCAAAUUUUAUCCCAUACCAAACCUGAACAACGCCGGUUUAUAGCCUCACGUCCGUCUGUGCUGUUAAAUUUCAAUCUCCUCGGUCAAACUCGGCUGCGUUCACAGGCUCUUCCUGGUGGAUCAACGCAAUUUCUCCAACCGCUUAGCGUUUUUAAAAAAUAGUAAUAAAAUGGUCUUUACUUCUUUGGCUCCACCACGAGCAAGCAUGACGUGCCUACACUCGCACUUAAUUCAUUUCUCUUGGUUUGUUCAGAGAAAUUGUCCCGAUGGAUAAUAUGCACUUUUUGAGCAUGUUGGAAAAUUUAAAAGUCUGCGUUUGGUAGCAAGAGUCAGUGCUACUUAUCACUUAUGACUGUAAGCACAGCCUGCUACUGUAUGAAACAUCUCCAGUGCCUCAUAUAUUAUAUUAUUAUUUUUCUGCAUCCAGGCACUCCUCUGUUUUUACAACUCCCACUGAAAAUAGGUUAGGGUUAGGCCAAAUCCAUACUAAUCUGUUUUCAGUUAAAAUUUGUUUUUCAUUACCCUGGUGUUUUAGAGUUAAAAGUGUAGUGUAGAUGGAUAGUUAUUUUCAUAAUCAUCUUCUGAAAAAGAGCAGAAAAUGUUGAUUUGAACUAAAAUGAAUCAGUUUUAUUGAUUUCUGUGUUAAAUGGAGAAAAGAAACUAGAAAAUAUUCACAUUUACAAAGUUGAACAUUAUCAAAAUAGUUGACAAUUAAGUAAUCGUUUGGUAUUUAUUAACAUUGAUUAGUGAUUAAUUUCAUAUCAUGGGUUCUUGUGAAAUCUUUUUGAAAAUCACCCUAAAUGGACUUUGAAAGUGCUUGAAUUGUGUGCAAGAAAGAAGGACUUAAGCUUAAGCUAUGUCAGCACAUUCAGUCCUUGAAAUUUAUGGAACUGGUCCUGGAAAGCCCUUGAAAAAUCCUUGAAUUUUUAUCAACUAAGGUGUGGGAACCCUGUUUUUAAAUGAAAACACAGUAGUAUGGAUAUGGACUUGGUGCACAUAAAUACCAUCUAAUUAUUAGUACCCGUAAUAAUAAUAACCACAAAAUGAAGAUAACUUUUCAUAAUUUCAUAUUAGCUGGUGAUAAAAACAACCCUGAGGUUUUUGCUUUGCAGUUUGGGAGGUCGAGCUGUUUCCUCACUGUGUCAUCGAACUUUGUCCAUCUGUUGCCAUGAGUCAGAAAAACAAAAAAAAAAAAGCGCCAUGUUUUGGAUCAUAAACCUGUGAGUUAAAAUGAAAAAAAGGAAUGUUGUUUGUUGUUGCUGCGAGUGAAUCGUUACAUCAUCUGUACACUCCAUAUGAAGUUAAAUCAGAUCGUGUGCUCACUGUGACGGUUUUACAGUCUCCAGAGACGAGUGAACAAGAAAUACGAGUAUUGCUUUAGCACCUUUCACUUCAGUGCUGGACUCCAAACACACACAUAAUAACUCUAUUUAUACACUGAGGUGAAACGUUUAGUUUUGUUACGUAUAAAUCUCCUCAUAACCAUAACCUGAGUUAUUCUGAGCAGUGUUGUGUAAGAAUGGGUAUCAAAACAAAAAUGAUAACAGUGCCUCAUUGGUCAAUAUUGCAGAAGACGAAGAAUCAAUUAUUUUCAGGACAAACAAUACUUAUAUCAAUAUUUAUAUUUAUUCUAACUUUUCUAUAUAAUGGACAGAUAUCAGACAACGCUAGCACAGACUAUUAACAUUUCUCACUUCCACACCUCAGUUUUAAAGCUGAGCAGCGCUAAAUUUGGCCAAAACAACUUUAAAUUAAAUUAAUUUAAUCAAAUUAAAUUCACUAGCACAACAUACCAUUAUUGUGAUGUAGUGCAGCACGUUUGCCUACUUUAGCAAUGCUGCUAUUUAGCAGAGCUAGCGUUUAGCAAAGCUGUCGUUUAGCAGAGCUAACGUCUAACAGGGCUAGUGAUUAGCAACGCUGGCGUUUGGCAAUACUAGCGUUUAGCAAUACUGGCGUUUAGCAAUGCUAGCAUUUAUCAAGGUAGUGUUUAGCAGAGCUGGGGCUCAGCAAAAAUAGUACUGAACAAAGAUAUUGCUUAACUGGGCUAGCACUUUGUAAAGCUAACUUUGCUGCUGAUGGCAUUACUCGGGACAAUUCUGCCGUCUCAUAGUGAGGUAAGAUGUACAUUCUUAAUUUCUGUGUCCUCCGCACCAAAUAUAUAGAAAAGUAUUAAUAAAGAGUAUCAUUAUUGAUUAGAAGUAUCAGUGAUAAAGUCCUGAUGAUACCCAUGCCUAGUUGUUUGGUGUGAAAACAAAUGGAUUCUAAAGGAAUGUAAAGCUGUUGAUUUGCACUGUUUAGCCACAAGAGCUAAAUAGAAAAAAGAAUAUGCAGUAGUGAACUGUUUAUGACAGUUAGUCCUCUUUGUCUCACCUAAGCCUAUUCAAACCCUGCCUGCUUUUUUAAAAAGCAAAAAUUAAUAAAUACAUUUUACUUUUUGUUUUUCAACUUUGCCCUAAAUAUUUUAUGACCAUAUCUAGUUUCCUAAACCGCUUGUUCUGAUUUAUUGACGCUGUAAUCAAGAUUUACGGUGAGAGCAGAGUUGUAUGGAUGAUGAGUGCUGUAUCUGUAUGAGAACAAAUGUUUCUCGCUGUAUUUUACGUGCAAAGUAUUGAUGGUCCAAAAAAGGAGACAAAGAUUAAACUGAUUUCGUUUACUUUGCCACUGCGUCACUUCCACACGUGUUGUAACCAAUGAUCAAGAUGCAGAAAUCAACAUUGAUGAAGUGUUUUUGUCACGAAUGCUGGAUUUUUAUCGGUUAUUGGAGACUUUUUCCUCUUGUGAAUUACACCAUACGCCCCAUAGAUUUCAGAUAUUUUUUUAUUUUAAGUUACAGCAUUUUAAUGUGUCGUCAAAUUGUCAUUCCACCACAAUGGAUAUUCUUAGUAUAUACAUUUUUGAUGUCAGAUUAAAUGUAUUCAAAAAAUUGUUAAUUGUAAAUAAAAUAUUGACUGUU